AUGACGGACCAAGCACAGGAGGCGUACGACCGCCUCUCCAAGAACCUCUCCUUCGACUCGCACGGCGUCACCGAGACCGUCGACGUCCCGCACGCCGUGCCCGCCUCGCAGUCGUCCGCCAGCGUCAAGGCUGAGCCUGUCCUGCCGGCACAGCCUGCUUUGAGCGCCAAGAUCGCCGUUCCCGAGCCGGUUCCUGCUGCCAACGGCUCGAGCCUCAAGCUCGGCAACGGCUCCGCUCCUGCCGUCAAGGACGAGAAGGAUGCCAGCGUCAAGCUCGCUCCCGGCGGCAAGGUCAAGCUCACCAACUACCCUUCCAUCGCCAACGCUCCCCUCCCCGCAGAGGGCAACGGCACCUUCUCCAACCUCCACCUCGCGCUCCUCAUCUUCUUCACCCCAGCCGUCGUGCUGCGUCUGAUCCCGUUCGUCAACCCCCAGUGGUUCGGAUGGUUCAGCUACCUGCUUCUGUGCGCCCUCUUUGGCGCGCCCGUCGCCAUCGCCUACUGGACCGUCAUGUCCACCUACGGCCCGCGCAUCAACGAAAAGGUGCAGCUGCCCGGCAAGCCGCUCGAGUACUACAUGGACAUCAAGGACCCCGCCUUGCGCAAGAAGUACCACUCGGACAAGAAGAUCCCUUACCAGACCUUCCACGACGCCUACUUUGCCGGCAAGAUCGAGCCCAAGCUGCCGCUCAACGAGCUGCUCGAGUACCGCUGGGACUGGUGCUCGAUGCAGUUCACCUGGCCGCUGUUUGAGUACGUGCUGUUCAACCUCAUCCCCGACGUGCUCAUGCACACCGCCAAGCAGGACCAGACGCAGAUCCAGGACAACUACGACCGCGGCGACGACUUUUACGCGUGGUUCCUCGGCCCGCAGAUGAUCUACACCUCGGGCAUCAUCUCGGACGCCAACAAGGCGGAGACGCUCGAGGAGCUGCAGGACAACAAGCUCAACCUCGUCUGCUCCAAGCUCGACCUGCAGAAGGAGGACCGCGUGCUCGACAUCGGAUGCGGCUGGGGCACCUUCGCCACCUUUGCCGCCGUCAACUACGGCUGCGACGUGACCGGUGUGACGCUCGCCAAGACGCAGACUCGCUUCGGCAACGACCGACUCCAGAAGAACGGCAUCGACCCCAGCCAGGCGCGCAUCCUCAACCUCGACUACCGCGACAUCCCCGUCCAGCCGGGCCACUACACCAAGAUCAUCUCGCUCGAGAUGGCCGAGCACGUCGGCAUCCGCCACUACGACAAGUUCCUCUCGGACGUGUACAACCUGCUCGACGACGACGGUGUCUUUGUCUUCCAGGUGGCCGGCCUGCGACCCAGGUGGCAGUUCCACGACCUCAACUGGGGCCUCUUCAUGAACAAAUACGUCUUCCCCGGCGCCGACGCCUCGUGCUCGCUCGGCUGGGUGGUGUCGCAUCUCGAGAAGGCCGGCUUCGAGAUCCGCUCGGUCGACGUCGCCGGCGUGCACUACUCGGCGACCAUCCUGCGAUGGGCGCAGAACUGGGAGUCGAACAAGGACAAGGUGGUGGCCAAGUACGGCGACCACAUGUACCGCAUGUGGAGCUUCUUCCUCUGGUCGAGCGUCAUCGUGGCCCGCGAGGGUGGCAGCUCCGUGUUCCAGUUUGUGCUCCACAAGAACCUCAACGCCUACCACCGCAUCAACGGCGUCAAGUCCCACGGCGGCCUCCUCCCCCGCCCCAGCGUCACCAAGUUCAAGUCGGUGUACAACUGA